UCCCUCCAUGAAAUGAAGCGACUGAGAAAGAAGUCGGUGGAGUUUCUCAUUCGAUCUUCUCAUCUGCUCCGAGCUCCACUGAUUGUGAAAUACACAGCUUUAUUUCUCUUCGCGGAUCGUUUUCUCCCAUCUCUCACCACUUUAAUAAAUCAGAGGAACCAGAUCGGAAGCUGGCUUUUACGAUCCGUUGAAGAAAGCAAUCUGCAGUUAUUUGCACUCAUUUCAAUAUGGAUUUCAAGUAAAAAACACGAUCGUGCUCUUUCUGUAAAAAUUUUAAAAUCGUUGGGAGACGAAUUCAUUAAGGAUCAGCAUUUUACUACUAGAGAUUUCGUGGAAGCUGAGGUGGUCUUCCUUAAGGUCUUGAAUUUUGAAAUUGGGACAUCAAAUGUGGCUUUCAUAUUCCUUGAAGAGCUUUUUAUUCAGUUCAAGGGAGUGGCAAAGGUUGGGGAAUUGGUGAGCUUUGAAGCAUGUAUGGAUGUGAUGGAUCUUCUUUAUGAAAACGAGGAGACAUCACUUCUUUUUAGUUCUCCGUGUUCUCUGGCUGCUGCAAUCUUGGUUACUUCAUAUGUGGUUACAGUGCCAAAACAACAGUGGGAGUUUCCUGUUCUUCCUUGGGUGAAGUUUGUAACAUCAUACAAAGAAGAGGACAUUGGUGAAAAGGUCAAGGACAUUCUUACGCAUGUUUUUGAACCCAUAGCCAGCUAAAGGUUUCUACAGAUAAAGCAGCUUUACGGUAUGUAUCUCUCAACUGACAUUAGAGACAUUUGGCUGGUUGCUGAUACCAUUAAUGACAUUAAAAAAA